AUGCAGCAAGAUAGCAGCAUUAUGAAAAAUAAUGAGCUAUCAACAAGACAACAACAAGAGGCAAACCAACUACAAAUAGCACAAGUAACAAAUAUAGAGAAGACCAUGAAAUUACAAGAAGACAAAGAUAUAGAAGCAGAAGAGAAAAAUUUUGAUAUCACUACAACAAAGAGAGUCAAGAGUGAAGGGCAUUGUCCUAGCUAG